AUGUGCAACUUCGAUGCAGAGGAAGAAGAAGAAAAACCCCACAAGGAUAAAGAGCCUUCAGAACCUAUAGCUCCAACUAUUUCUUCACAACCGGAGCCUAAUCUCUCUGAGGCCAAGCAAGAAGAAGCGGAGGAAGCUGCAAAUAAGAGCUGUGUUCACCAUGUUAACAAUGGUGUUUCUCUAAAUGAGGUAUCUAGAGAUUGGUGCUGUGGCAACGUUACGGAUUUAUAUUUUGGGUUCCUCUUGAUUCUCCAAGAUUUUGCUGAGCAGCUUAUCGACGCAGUUAUAGCAGAGCAAGCUCAAACGUGUAAAGUGGAGGAAAGACAACUUCAACCUACAAUUGUAGGACAAGAAAGAACGUUGAAAAAGGCAUGGAACCAUCUCAUGGGAGAUGAAGUUGGUGUUAUGGGUAUGUACGGUAUGGGAGGAGUAGGAAAAACAACGCUUUUAGCACAGCUCAACAAUAGGUUUAGUGAAAAGAGCUGUGGGUUUGAUUUUGUGAUUUGGGUUGUGGUGUCUAAAGAGUUGCAAGUAGAGAAGAUUCAAGAUGAAAUCGCUCGGAAAGUCGGUGUCCGUGGAGAGGAGUGGAAACAAGAAGAGAAGAGCCAAAAGAGAGAUGUUAUAUACAGUUUCUUAAGGAAAAAGAAGUUUGUGUUGUUUCUAGAUGAUAUAUGGGAGAAAGUGGAUUUAGUUGAGAUUGGAGUCCCGUUUCCAACAGCUCAAAACGGAUGUAAAGUAGCAUUCACCACUCGUUCUCAGGCUGUUUGUGCGCACAUGGGAGUCGAAGAACCAAUGGAAGUUAAAUGCUUGGAGGAACAUGAUGCAUUUGAUUUGUUCCAUAAGAAAGUUGGACAGAAAACCCUAGGAAGCGAUCCGGAGAUCCCCGAACUUGCAAGACAAGUUGCUAAAAGAUGUUGUGGCCUCCCAUUGGCACUUAAUGUGGUAGGCGAGACAAUGUCAUGCAAAAGGACGAAACAAGAAUGGUAUCACACAAUAGAUGUUAUGACUUCAUAUGCUAUAGAGUUUUAUAGCAUGAAAGAUAAGAUCUUUCCGCUUUUGAAAUACAGCUACGAUAAUCUUGAAGGCGAGCAACUCAAAUCUUGUUUGCUAUAUUGCGCUUUAUUCCCCGAGGAUGAUAAAAUUCCUAAAGAAAAGUUGAUAGGCUUGUGGAUAUGUGAAGGGAUUAUAGAUGGAAGUGAAGGUAUAGAAAAGGCUGAGAACAAAGGUUAUGAGAUCAUUGGUAGUCUUGUUCGUGCAUCAUUGUUAAUGGAGGUUGAUUGGUAUAGAACACAAUGUGUGUACAUGCAUGAUGUUGUUCGUGAAAUGGCCUUGUGGAUUGCGACUGAUUUGGGGAUACAAAAAGAAGCUUUCAUAGUACGAGCAAGCGUUGGUUUACAUGAAAUGCCAAAGGUUGAGGAAUGGAACGUUGUGAGAAGGAUGUCACUGAUGAACAACAAGAUUCAACAUCUCCAUGGUAGUCCUGAAUGUCUCAAACUCACAACUUUACUCCUACGAAGAGCGAAUUUAGCGAAUAUCUCUAGUGAAUUCUUCAAGUCCAUGCCAAGGUUAGCUGUUUUGGAUCUAUCUUGUAACGGAAAUCUUUUUGAGUUGCCUGAUUGCAUAUCGGAACUGGUUUCUUUGCAAUAUCUCAACUUGUCAUAUACAAGUAUACGCCAUUUGCCUAAAGGUGUGAAAGAGUUGAAAAAACUUAUUAACUUGGAUUUAGAAGAAGCAGAUAAGCUUUCAAGUGUUGCUUGGAUAUCAAGUCUUCAUAGUUUAAAAAUACUGAAUCUAUCUCGUGUUGGUUUUACAUUGAAUUGCGAGGUAGUGGAGGAGUUGAAAACCUUGGAGAAUUUAGAAAUCUUAACCAUAGACUUCAAUCUCCCUCCAAGUUUGAAGAAAUUUUUGAGCUCCCAUAGGUUGCCGUGUUGCACACGAGACCUAACGAUCAGAGGUAUUGAUAUGGAUGAUACAUCUGGACUAUCACUUCCAUUAACAAUGAACAAGCUUCGUGAGUUCAACAUUCUGUGGAGCAGUAUCUCUGAGAUCAAGACGGUCCCUCCUCUACACAAUCCAAGAAACCUAUGCUUCUUGAGCCUCUCCAAAGUGAUGAUACUGGAUUGUAAAGGCCUCAAGGAAUUGACGUUUCUGAUGUUUGCUCCAAAUCUCAGGACUCUUGUUGUUAAUAUAGCGAACCAGCUAGAAGAUAUAAUAAGCAAAGAGAAAGUUUGUGAAGGUGACAAAUCAGGGAUGGUUCCGUUUCAAAAGCUUGUUACUCUUGUGUUGGUUGAUCUUCCCGAGCUGAAGAGUAUCUAUUGGAGACAUCUACCAUUUCCAUGUCUAAAGAGAUUCGAUGUGUUUGGGUGUUCAAAGCUGAAGAAGCUUCCACUCGAUUCUCAAAGUGGCAUGCACGGUGAAAAUGGACUCAUCAUAAGAUACAAAGAGAAAGAAUGGAUUGAAAAUGUGGAAUGGGAAGACGAAGCUACCAAGAAAUGGUUCUUACAUUCAAGCUCACAGGUCUAG